AUGAAAUACAAGGUCUUCUACUACUGCAACUUCCUUCUUGUAUUUCGAACCUUGAAAUUGAGGAAAAAUCUGAUUAAAUGGGUCAAAUACAAAGAGUUAUGGCAGCGGGGGUCGCGCUUUAUCCGCGUAACGCCCCGAAGCGGGCUCUGUCACCUGGCGGCCUUGAAAGGGGGAUUGCGCUUUCAGGUUUCGGCAGCGUUGAAGGAGGGACAUGUUACUCCGACGGAGCUCUGCCAGAGGUGCCUUUCCCUCAUCAAAAGCACCAAGUUUCUUAAUGCUUAUAUUACCGUGGCGGAAGAAACUGCUUUGAAGCAGGCUGAAGAAUCAGAGAAAAGAUACAGAAGAGGUCAGCCGCUGGGUGUUUUAGAUGGAAUUCCUAUUGCAGUAAAAGACAACUUUAAUACAGCUGGCAUUGAGACAACAUGUGCAUCAAACAUGCUAAAAGGUUAUAUUUCUCCUUACAAUGCUACAGUAGUUCAGAAAUUACUGGAUCAGGGAGCUGUGCUUUUAGGAAAAACAAACCUAGAUGAGUUUGCAAUGGGAUCUGGGAGUACGGAUGGGGUAUUUGGACCAGUCAGAAAUCCCUGGAGUUACUCAAGACAGUACAAGGAAAAAUCCGUCCCAAAAUCCUGUUCUGAGGACGAAGAGUCUAACUGGGUAAUAACAGGAGGGAGCUCAGGAGGCAGUGCGGCGGCUGUGUCAUCUUUCACAUGUUUUGCAGCCUUAGGGUCAGACACAGGAGGAUCUACGCGAAACCCUGCUGCUCACUGUGGUGUAGUAGGUUUAAAGCCAACAUAUGGACUGAUCUCUCGCCAUGGUCUCAUUCCUCUAGUGAACUCCAUGGAUGUGCCAGGAAUCUUAACCAGAUGUGUGGAUGACGCAGCAGUUGUGUUAGGUUCACUUGCUGGACAUGAUCCUAAAGACUCUACCACAAUUCAGGACAACUUUAAGCCAUUUGAACUACCCAAUUUGACUGAUGUCAGCAAGCUCUCAAUAGGAAUUCCGAAGGAAUAUCACGCACCAGGGCUUUCUAGUGAAAUUCUGGCGCUCUGGUCAAAGGCUGCUGACCUCUUUAAGAAUGCAGGUGCUAAAGUAGUUGAAGUGAGUCUACCGCAUACUCGUUACUCAAUUGUCUGCUAUCAUGUGCUGUGCACAGCAGAAGUGGCAUCAAAUAUGGCCAGGUUUGAUGGACUGGAAUAUGGACACCGUUCUGACAUGAACAAGUCCACAGAAAGUAUGUAUGCUGCAACACGACGAGAAGGCUUUAAUGAAGUUGUAAGAGGAAGAAUUCUGUCAGGAAACUAUUUCUUGUUGAAACAGAACUAUGAGAAUUACUUUAUCAAGGCACAGAAAGUCAGACGUCUCAUUGCCAAUGACUUCGUGAAGGUUUUUGGGAGCGGUGUUGAUAUUUUACUCACUCCUACCACUCUGAGUGAUGCACUACCGUAUAUGGAAUUCAUCAAAGAAGACAACAGAACCCGUAGCGCGCAAGAUGACGUCCUAACACAGGCUGCAAACAUGGCUGGACUGCCAGCCAUAAAUGUUCCUACAGGUCUUUCAGAGAGAGGCUUGCCAGUUGGUCUUCAGUUCAUUGGACGGUCAUUCCAGGAGAAGCAGCUUCUCACUGUAGCCAAAUGGUUUGAAAAACAAGUAAAAUUCCCAAUGAUCCAGCUAGAAGUGAAGAGGCACUAUCACGGUGCCUUUCAGCAUCAGAAAUCUGCUUUUUUUUCAUAACACGGGACUUGCUAGUCAGCUAAAGCAAGAAGGCUGUGUCUAAAAAUGUAUUCCUGCGGUUAAUUCUCUUUUGCAGAAAAAUAAUAAUCCAUUUUAAAAGGAACCAUAUACAGUAAUACGGAAUGGAAUCCUCUCGGCUUGUUACUAUGUAACUAAGACAAAGUGAAUCAUUAAGUAAACAUGUCUGUUAUUAAGAACCAUUUUUAGCUGAUACAUAAUUUCAACCUGGUGUUUUUAGUAUCUUAUGCCUGUGGAGCUACUUUUUUCCAUCCCCAGAGGGCGUGUAAGGUAUCUGGCCCAUUAAAGAACUAACCUGAACCUUGCUGUGAAAAUUGCAUCGUUGCCAAAGGGUUGGUUUCCUUCUGGAGCAUAGACUUUUGUAAUGGAACAACCAGGCAAGCUGUAAUGGAACAAAGGUAUCAAGGAUCUGUUCAUCAACAGGUAAAUA